CCCGCGGCGGGGCCCGGCUCGGACAUGGCGAGGCAACACGCAAAGACGCUGUGGUACGACCGCCCGCGGUACGUCUUCCUGGAGUUCUGCGUGGAGGACAGCAGAGACGUUAAAGUCGUCAUCGAGGAUCACCGGGUGGUGUUCAGCUGCAAAAAUGCCGAUGGAGUGGAGUUCUACAAUGAGAUCAACCUGUACGGCAGGGUGAACUCCAAGGACUCACAGGACAAGCGCUCUGAUCGCUCCAUCACGUGCUUCAUAAGGAAGUGGAAGGAGAAAGUGGCAUGGCCCCGUAUCACCAAGGAGAACAUCAAGCCAGCUUGGCUCUCCGUGGACUUUGACAACUGGCGAGACUGGGAAGGGGACGAGGAGGUGGAGAGGGCCAUGGUGGAGGAGUACGCUGAGCUCCUGCAGAAGGUCACGGACAAGGGCCCUGCCCCAACCAUGGAUGACCUGGAUGACGACCUCUGAAGCCCAGCUCCUGUGGGCCGCCGCCGCCGCGAGGCUCUCCCGGUGCACCGGCAGCAAACACCGCCGAACCGGGAGGCGGGCAGGACUCGAGAAGGAGCGCGGGAGCUGUGCGGUCUCCCAGCGCCGGUUACCGGUGGAGGCAAUAAACGCCGGUAGCCACCACCCUG